AUGAACCGUCGGAACUCGACUUCGAGCAUCACUGAGCUGAAUGUGGAAGUGCGGGUCCCAAGUCAUCGAGAGUUGAUGUUGGAGGGCUCGAGAGUUCGGCCUUCUGGCACCGUGAACCACGUCGAGGAUCCGGAAGAGAACUGCCAACUGAUGCGGCAAGCAGGCUGCAGCUUGCGGCCCUUCGAUGCCGCUGUGUUCCGUGCAUACUCGCGGAAUGUGCACGAGCUUCUAGUCUCUCGUCUAGUCGAGGGCUCGAGGACCAAUGAGGCUGAUCUCCGCAAAUUGGAAAUUGAAAUGGGAUCUUUGCCUACGGAGCCGGAAGGGAAAGGGACUGGGAAGGGGUUUGGUGCUGGUGCUGGAGGACAUUGGGAGUUGGGCGACAAGGAGUUGGCAGAGGAGAAAGCAAUUGCAAGCACGCGUUUGUUGACUUGGCCGGAGUUUGCCGGCGCGGCCCUGUUGGAGCUCAGCUCGUCGCCCCUUCUUCUUAUACCACCAUCUCCUCAUCACGCCGGUCCUCCUCACGACAUUACGGACGCAGAGCAGAGGAGCGUCGGACACGACACGAAGGUCGAAGGGCACAGACUACGACCCAAGGCAAAGGAGAAGCUUUAA